AUGCUUAUUAUAACUUUAUGCCACAACCUGUCAGGUUCUGAUGGAAGUCUCCAAAGCCAUUUUCCAAGGACAGAUUCCUUGAUGCUAUCAGCUGAUCAUGAAAGUGUGGUAAAAGCUAUCUACACUGGAACAGAGUUUGUAGAAAGUUUUACUGCAGGUGAUGAAGCUGGUAUUGUUCUAGAAACCACAAGUUUCUAUGCUGAACAAGGUGGACAGAUAUUUGAUACUGGAUCACUUGAAGGCUCCAUUGGAUCAUUUCAAGUUCUUAAUGUUCAAACCUUUGGAGGUUUAAUCCUCCACAUUGGUUCUAUUGCUGGAGGAACUGGCAGGUUUUCUGUGGGUGAUGAAGUAAUUUGCAAGGUUGACUAUGACAGACGCACACUCAUUGCUCCUAAUCAUACCUGUACUCACAUGUUGAACUUUGCCCUCAGAGAAGUGCUUGGCGAUCAUGUUGACCAAAAGGGAUCUAUUGUUCUUCCUGAAAAACUAAGAUUCGAUUUUUCCCAUGGCAAACCUAUUCAUCCUGAUGAUUUGAGAAAGAUUGAGUCAAUUGUUAACCAACAAAUAAAAGAUGAGUUGGAUGUUUUUUCCAAGGAGGCAACCCUUGCUGAUGCUAAACGCAUAGCUGGUUUACGAGCUGUAUUUGGAGAAGUCUAUCCUGACCCAGUUAGAGUUGUGGCAAUUGGUAGAAAAGUGGAGGAUCUUCUGGCUGAUCCAGAUAAUAAAGAAUGGUUGUCAAUCUCAACGGAGCUUUGUGGAGGGACCCAUAUAUCAAAUACACGGGAGGCUAAAGCAUUUGCUCUUUUAUCCGAGGAAGGAAUUGCUAAGGGUGUCCGAAGAAUAACUGCUGUUACAACUGACUGUGCUUUUAAGGCAAUGGAAUUGGCAAGGUCACUAGAUCAAGAGAUCAGUGGUGCUGCUAAGAUAGAAGUAAGCCAGCUGGAGAAGAAAGUUGCUUCUCUAAAAAGUCGUGUACAGUCAGCAACUAUUCCAGCAGCUAUGAAAACAGAUCUGAGUGCCAAGAUUUCCCAACUUCAGGAUCAAGUUAGAAAGGAAAUGAAGAAGAUAGCACAGGAAAAUGUUCAGAAGGCAAAAACAACGGCUGCUGAGAUGGCAGAUGCUGCUGCUUCAAAUGGAGAAAGCUUCUGUGUUUGUCAUGUUAAUGUUGGUCUAGAUGCAGCUGCAGUUCGGGAAGCAGUUAUUAGAACUAUGGACCAGAAGGGAAUGUCAGUGAUGAUAUUUAGUACAGAUGAAACUACAAACAAGGCUGUGGCGUGUGCUGGGGUAGUGGAAAAUGUAGAUAAGAGCAAGGAUUUGGAUGUAUUGGAGUGGUUUACAGCUGCAAUGGAGCCUCUGAAAGGGAGGGGUGGUAAAGGAAAUGUUGGCAAACGUUUCUAUGCUCAGGGCCAGGGGACAGAUGCAUCACACCUCCAGGAGGCCAUGGAUAUUGCAACAGCCUUUGCAUCAAUGAGAUUGAGAUAACAACCACUUACCAUUCAACUCUUCCCAGCUGCAGUUCACUUCAUAUCAAUUUUUUAUGCUGAACCAACAUUUCUAUGGAUUUAGAUAUUUGAAGCAAUAGGAAAAAACAAAAGAAUGUAGGAUGAUUAAAUUAUUGCGUUACAACAAUUAAUUUUUACUAUAGUAGAUACUGAAACUCUGAAGUACAAAAUAUA